AUGGCGUGGAUUUAUCCGGCACCGGGAAAGAGUGGGAGUCUGCUGUAUCGUCUCUCAGACUGCUCGUACAGCUUUCCAUGGUUCAAUGUGCCCUGUUUCCGCUCUUUCCAGCCAAGUUCGACAGCUGGAGAAAUCUCUCAGCCUCCCUCCGUCUUAAGGGCAUUUUUAGUCCCUGCCACCGACGAAAUAGCUAAAAGCUAUUCUCUUUUGAAUUUGUUCUCACUUAGGUGUUGUCCUCCGAAUCCAAAAUUUGGAUCACUCCGCCAUCUUGACCUCAGUGGCAACGAGAAAAGGGAUUUUCCGGAGCAGAUCUCGACGUGGCUGCAGAACUUUACAGCACUGCAAAUGCUAGAUCUCAGCGGAUGCACACUUUCUGGUAACAUUUUUCCUAUUUGGAAUCUUCCCCUUCGAAACCUCAGCUUAGAUUCCAACCAUUUAAGUGGGGAUGCUUCUUUUAUUUUCUGUAAUCAGUCGCUUCUCUCUUGGUUGUCGCUCAUGGAUAACAACUUUGGGGGCAUGAUUCUUGUGAAUAUUUCUUUACCUUCUUUGACCCACCUUGACCUCUCCUUCAAUAAUUUCGGAGGCCUGGUACUUGAGAGCAUUGCAAGGAUGGUGAAGCUGCAACACCUUAUUCUAGGGUACAACAAUUUCAGUGGGCAAAUACCCAUUUUGUUGUCCCAAUUGUCAUCUCUUAGUUUUCUUGAUUUGGGUUUGAAUCAAUUCAGUGGCGGCAUUCCAAGCAAUUUGGGAGAUUUAUCCAAUUUGCAGUAUUUAGACCUCAGUAAAAAUCAGCUCAAUGGCAGCAUCCCAUCCAGAUUUACGCCCCUUUCUCGGCUGGAGUAUCUAGAUCUGUCAUUCAACAUGUUUACAAGUGCUGAAUUGGAACUUUUUGAAAAUCUCACUAGGUUGCAAUUUCUUAUCAUGUCUAACAACAAGCUGACUUUGAAUUUCAGCUCUAUUUGGAAUCCAAGUUUUUGGCUUCAGGGCGCUCUUCCCCUUCUUUUGUCAGCAGUAGAAUAUCUAGAUCUUUCAGACAAUUUCUUCAGCGGUUCCAUUCUACCAUUGGUAGGCCUCAAUUUAAUAACCUUGAUUUUAUUUGGGAACAAUCUCAGCGGAGCUUUCACAUCUUCCAUCUGCAGCCCUUACAUGGACAUCCUGGAUCUGUCCAGCAACAAGCUAUCAGGGAGCCUCCCUCCAAGUCUAGCAAAUUGCUCUAGUCUGGGAGUUCUCAAUAUUACAAACAAUGAUUUUGAUGGAGAAAUUCCUCAAGACAUAGGAAAUAUCACCUCCUUGGGAGUCCUCCACAUGAAUGACAACAAGCAAAGGGGAUCCCUUCCCUCCUCUCUCAGGUACUACAUAAGUUUAAAAAUUCUAGAUUUGGGAAACAAUGGGAUUGAAGGGCAUAUCCCUAACUGGAUUAAAUACCUUCAACAGUUGCGUAUUAUUAAUUUAAGCUUUAAUAAGCUGAGAGGCAUGAUACCCUCAGAGAUACCGCAACUACAAAAUCCUCAGAUCCUUGAUAUUUCAAAAAAUAGUUUGACUGGCGAACUUCCUACCAACUUCUCUGGCUUUUAG